UUUGGGCAUCGCACGCUUUCGCUAUUUUCUGCCUUGAAGUGUAAAUACUUGAAAGAUUACCGGGCAUAAUUCAUCGAAGCAUUACUACGAUCCAGUCAAACUCCAAGCUUAGGGUACAUCAAAGUACUUUUGCACCUCAACCGUUAAGACAAGACCCACGAAGCAGGGUGAGACUGGUCACUCAUAUCAAUCUGAUCUUCCAUGUGCCACACUGCAAUAUGGGUAAGCACAAACACGGGACUUCGAAUAACAAGGGCGUGUCGAAGAAAACGAUCCAUGGCCGUCAAUCUAAAGACAGUUCUUAUGGAAAGUCAAAGAGUGAUAUGGCAACUAUUGUAAGCUCAAACACUAGUGAGCCUGAGGAUAAUGAGAUAGCAGCCUCUAGCAGCCAUGACGGCUUUUCGUCUGGUCUCGCAUCCGCUAGUGAUGAGCCUAUUCCUAGUGGGCUAUCUUUUGAGGUGCUGAAGGGAAAGAUCAAUUCUCAAGUCCUGAAUACCAUCAUCAACGACCUCAAAUUUCAACACCAAACACCAAUUCAAGCAGCAACAAUUGAACCUCUCUUAGGGACUGUCGACAUGCUUGCCCAAGCUCGGACUGGUACUGGUAAAACGAUGGCUUUUCUGGUUCCAGCUAUCGACAAGUUGCUCCGCGCCGAGCCAGUCAGCGUUUCAGUGCUCAUACUCAGUCCAACACGUGAGCUAGUUAUUCAAACUGCCGCAGAAGCGAAAAGAUUACUUUCGACGUUUCCUCAAAUUAAAGUACGAACAGCGAUUGGAGGUACGAACAAGGAUAAAGAAGGUGAGCAGAUUUACAGCGGAUGCCAUAUUCUUGUUGCUACGCCGGGGAGGCUGCUCGAUCACCUUUCAGAUGAACAUAUGAGGUAUCAGCUCUCGUUUGUGAAAACCCUGGUAUUGGAUGAAGCAGACCGUAUGCUAGAUAUGGGUUUCCUUCCGGACAUCAAGAGAAUUCUUGCACACAUUCCGCCAAAGGAAAAACGCCAGUCUAUGCUCUUCUCAGCGACAAUCCCCGAUUCGAUCAUUUCCAUUGCGAAGACUAUCUUGAAGCCGGAUUACCUGACCAUAUCUACUAUUCCCGAGGGCGAAGGCAACAUGCACAAAAGGGUCAAACAGUAUCUCCUCACCAUUCGCACCAUGAACGAUGUUGCCCCAACGCUCGUCUCUGUUGUCGCAUCUGAGCUUUCGAAUGCGCAAGAAUUCAAGGCAAUUAUUUUCACUCCGACGGCUGUGCUGUCGGACUUCUACUCACAUAUUCUUGAGCAUAAAUAUGGAGCGACGAUUCCGAUCCUGACGAUGCACUCGCGAAUGUCGCAGCCCAAACGCACGGCUGCUACCAACAUCUUCAGGAACUCCAAGCAUGCUAUCUGCAUUGCCACGGAUGUAAUCGCCCGCGGCAUGGAUUUUCCUCUCGUUACUCACGUUAUUCAAGCUGGCUUGCCGAUGAGUCGUGAAUCGUACAUCCAUCGCCUGGGUCGUACGGCUCGUGCCGAUGCUGACGGCGUAGGAAUACUGAUACUUGCCGAAGCCGAGAAAUCCUUUUUGCGAGAUAUAAAAGAUGUCAACUUCUCCGAAUACAACGCUCAGGUCGCUCCAUCGGCUAUCCAAGAUGCAUUAGACACCCUUGACGAAGAGAAAAAGGCAAAGAUAUACCAGGGAUGGUUGGGAUAUUAUAAAGCGAUGAAGAAGUAUACCAGGUGGAGCAACGAAGAUCUGGUUGCGGAGGCAAACAGAUACGCCUUGGAUGGACUGGACUGUCCGGAGAUACCGGAAUUGGAGACGGCCAUCGUGAAUAAAAUGGGACUUAGAGGAACCAAAGGCUUGAGAGUUGGGCAAAACAAACCUCGACGGGGUGGACGCAACAGUCGUGGCGAACAAGGGUCCCGAAACGGGAAUACUCGACGUUCUGGAGUGAUAAAGGACGAAAUGCAUAGUUGAGCGAGCUAACUGUCGGUGGUUCAACGACAUGAAAAGUCAUAACUUGGGUGUAAAUUAAUUAUUACAUUUUUUUGGUAUCAUCAAAAAAUCUCGGUCAACACUUCA